AUGUUUGGCGCCAUCAAAACCCUUGACGAGGUCAAGGCUGACGCCCAACGUCAAUUGGAGGGUGAGAUGCAGGGAGAUGUGCCGUUCUCGCCCGAGCGACGCGCGCAAAGCCUCGGAGAGGUUGGCAUGUCCCCGCCGCAACAGUCGCACAGUCAUGCCAGCGACCCCGGGUCACAUGGAAGGCCAGGAGUCGCCAUGCCCCUUUCCCAUCAGAACAUCUACCCGCAAACUCUGAUCCUUCGCGGGAAGUAUGUCGUGGUGCAGCGCCCAGUCGGCGAGACGAGUCCCCUGGACUGUAUUUUUGAGCUAGACACGCCUGCAGCGGAGUUCGACAGAGAACGGGAGCUCGUCGUCAUGAGGAAGCGAGAUCGCAAUGGCGAUGCCGCCGGCGCUUUUGUCUACUAUUUACACCGUACCCUAGACGAAGAGGCGAAGAACUUCAUGGUACCCAAAUACCGCGCCAUCAGCAUCAAGGCCUUCCAAGACCUGUCCCUGAAGUACGGGCGCACAAAGAGCAUGUUUGGGAAACAGCAUUUCAAAGUUGUCUCUCGGGAAAAAGGACCCAUGGCCUCCACGCUCGGAUGGCACAAGAUUCUCAGCAUGGUGUACCCCGGCGACACCAACGCGCCUCUCGAAUGCACCUAG